UUUGAGAAAGUUAUUGUGGACUGGCAUAAAAACAAUAUGGAAUAAUACUUGGAUACCACGGUGACCUAUUACCACCAACAAUUUUGCCUCCCUCCCCUCACGAGUCCACCCACUGUUGACAUUGCAGCGCAAUGAUCUGGAGACUCUUUUUUGCGACAUUGGUGUUUCCACUAAAGGGAGCACUGAUAAGAUGCCGGGCGAACUUCACUCCCAAGGCCCAGCCUGUCUCCGAAUUGCCCUCGGUCGACGUCGUACAACGCGGCUCCCAGCCUCGCUCAUUGCUGGGCAUGUUGAAACGAGUCAACGCGGAAGAGGGAAUUGACGGGUUGUACAAAGGAAUUCUCCCUACCCUUGGUUUCAUACUGUUCUGGGAGCAAAUAUCUACCCCAUCCGUUGUGGUCGUUGGAUUUUUUCACUUCGGACUCGGAGAGAUUUACGCGAGUACCCUUCUCAUCGUUGCCAUUGCUUCUUUCGUCAAAAUUAUCGCAACUGUGAUCGAGGUCGUCUUUGUCAACCGAGCUGUAACAACUCGGGAAAACCUCCCUUCAUUGUCCUUGGGACGAGCGCUUGAUGUAUUGCUCUCCCCGGCAGAAAGAAGGCACCCUUAUCGCAUCUUUAUGAUCCCAGGCUUGCUCGCGGCCUGCACUUCAUGGGCGCUAUACAUCGUAGGCACCAUUAUGACACGCAACCUUUUAUUCGUCAAAGUCAAACUAUUUUUGGAGCAUUUUGGGAACUGGGAGGAUAUGAAGCCUUACAUUCCUCUCUUGGUCGUGGCCAUCGUUUUAUCGGUGGUCCUUAAUGCUCUGGUGCUUACUCCAUUGGAAGUUAUGAUAGUUCGACUGUCUAUCCAAACCAAUUCGACGCAAGUCACACUUCUUCUGGAUACACCGCCGGAUGAAGACGAGCAAGAUUAUUCUGUCAAACCUGUCAGACUCAGAACUUGUGAAGAAUACACUGGACUCAUCAAUUGCAUGAGGCUGAUAAUUCAGGAGGAAGGUUGGGGUGCACUUUAUCGGGGGUGGUGGUGGACAGCCUUCGGUGGUAUACUAUUUAUUUGAGAUUGAGAUUGCCUGAUAGAAUAAAAAUAUUCAAAGUAAUAUUGGCUUGACGGUUGUUGAUAAUGAUGACAUUUCCAGUUGCGGUGC